AUGAAAUAAUAGAUAUUGUUUACGUGUUAAGAUAUUGAGCAUGAAGGAGAAGAAAUCCAAGGAUUUUGUUUAAAUUUGAGAUGCUAAGAUUCCAGAUCUUAAUUCUGUCUAUAAUGCGGAGUGGAUCCUAAGAAACAUUCUAGUUGCAAGAAAGACUUAAAAGGAUUUGCUUAAAUUUAAAAUUUUGUUACGAAAUUCAAUUAGACUAUACUCGAAUUAACAACCUAAUUAAAUCUGUCCUUUGAGAAAGUUAAAAAAAAAAAUGAAGAAUUUUAAAAAUAAUUGGAGAAAAUAAAAAUAUAACUAGUUAAGAUAUCUCAGUGUUUGAGUUCAUAGGAUUAUUAAUAAAUGAAAGACAACUUAUCAGUGAUCAAGGAAUUGUACCAAUAUUUAAAUAAUUAAAAUGAGAUUAUGAAGUAGAAUUAAAUUGGUAUUCUGCAAUAAUAAUAUUUUUUAUAGGAAGUCAAUUAAUUAACAUAAAAAAAAUGAUUUAGACUUUAGAUUUAGAUAAAGUAGAAUAAUAACCACAAAUUAUUUAACUAGACAAUUAAAGCACACUCUAGUCGGGUAUAUUAAUUUAUUAUAAAAAUUAGGAUUAUAAUUAUUAAAUUAGUAAAAAUGGCAAUAGGCUAAUGAACUCCUAGCCUAGAAUAUUAAACACUUGGAGAAGCAAUUAUCAUUUGCAACAUUCUUUUAAGGCAUAUUUAAAAUAUUGAAAUAAAUUUA